AUGAAUUCGGACACUUACUUUAAGCUUCUCAAAAAGUCACAAGUCGUCGAACACUUGGUGCAGUUGAGCUCUCAUGUUGGCCAGAGUGAGCAACAAGUGCGGCGUCUUCAAAGUGAACAAGCAAGAGCUCAAUGUGUACAGGGUCGAGUGUUCUCGGAACUCGAGAGAUAUCGUCGUCAGGUGGUCGACGUGCAGAACCAAUUCUUAGGGCUAAUCGAAGCUCUUACAGCACUGUGUAUGCGAGAGGAAGAGCUGCACGGAGACACCACCGAGACAUCUGAUGACCUUAAGCAUCGUGAUGCUGUCAGCGCAGAAGACCAGACAUUACUGGACUUGCAGUGUGCUUCAUCACCAGCCCCAGAGUCGACCUCUCCAUCCUCAAGUUCCACGCUGGAGACACAAGCUCUGGCCACGGUAGGUCGUCAAAGAGUGCAGCAACUUGAAGCUAUUUGUGCACGGUACGAGAGACAACUGGUUGGCUCGGAGGCUGCACUCUCGCAAGCAAUCUACUCGGAUGCAGCACGAGAAAGCGCAGUCAAGAACGCACAAUUGGAGGCGAAGAACCAACAACACGAAGCUGACAAUCAGGCACUCCAAGCUCAGCUUGAGCUCGCACGCGGUCAGGUUGCACAUUUGCAAGAACAUCUCACACAGGUUCAUGAACGUCAGACAGCACUCGAACACGUGAAGCAGCAACUUGAACAAGAAUUUGCACGGCAUACAGCAGCAACUCAAAGGUUUGCUGCGGAUCUACAGACAGAACUACGCCGUCGCUACGGUGUUGUGCCGUCAGUUCUGGACAUGAAAUGGCAGCACUACUUCCCGCGAUUGAGCCGGCCAUUCUAA